GCACCAGCAGAGACGCACAGCCACUGUUCUGCACUUCGAAGCUGUGCUGGAAGAUGCAGCCUGUGAAGAAUGGUUUCUACGAAUCUUCGGUGUUCAAGGGCGUCUUUCCUAGCUAUAGCAGAGCAAUUGAGGCUGCGGGGUGUCUUGUUCGCAGGUUGCAUAGCAAAGCAACAUUCCUACGAGAAGAAAAUUGCCGCGGCUCUCGAUUUCUUUGCAUCGCCUGGUGGUUACCGAGAAGUAGCUGCAGCAAUGGGCAUGAACAAGAGCUACGUAAUGGAUAUCGUAGAUGAGUGUCAUUUCCUCGGUAUCAUUAAGGUUGGGAGGAUCUCCAAGCAGGUUUCGCAGCACGGCGCGGAUACCCUGGUGUUGUUGGUGCAGUCGACGGAUCGCUGCUAG